AGUGCCAGAAUGGAGAUGGUCGCGAUCAGCUUGGUGUAGUGCUCGAGCGUCGUGGUGGUUUAAUCUCCAAUUUUGGUAGGAAAUAGUGCGAUUUCUCGCGAAAAAAUGUGCCAAGGUGUCCUGUGAGGGUGCAAUAGAGUGUAUUUUGUAGAGUUCUAGCCAAUUUUUGGGCAAUUCUGAGUGGUUGCAGCAGAAGGAAUUUUUUUUAAACCAUCCAAUUUCAGUGGAGUGUGUGUUUGAAGAAAAAGCAGCACUUUUCGAAUGCAGCCACACACCAAAAGAACGCGAGAUGUUGGAUGUUUGACGGUGGUUGUGGGCAUUCGAUGGUGUGCUGUUUAAAAACCCGCCAAGAAGGAAUUAAAGUUGGAAACUGUAGCAGUGUAUUUGUUUGAGGGAGAGAUCUCUUGAUUCUCUGGACUCUCUGGAAAAGAUUACUGGUGGAAUGUGUUUUGUUGCUAUCAAACGGAAACAUUGGCGCUGAGGAAAGAAAAUAAAUAAACAAGAAAAAGAAUUGAGCAUUCGUGUGAAGUAGCUGUUUUCACCCAAGGUAGCAAUCAAAAAGCCAAUGACGACGCUUGAAAGAAUUCGUUGCAAUUUAGCUUGACUAAAAAUUGCCAUCGAUGUAAAAAUUUCUAUGAAGUUUUUACGAUGUCACAACGAGAUUUCGAGAAUGAACCAGAAGGAACACCAGAUUUGCCGGCUGCCAAUAGAACGUUGUUUCUGGAGAAGGUGAGACAAUCAAAUGCUGCAUGCCAGAGUGGUGAUUUUACAACGGCCGUCGCACUCUACACCGAUGCUCUAGCACUAGAUCCCACAAAUCACAUUCUCUACAGCAAUAGAUCAGCUGCUAGGCUCAAGCAGGGACAAUUUCAGCUUGCACUUCAGGAUGCCACAAAAGCCAGGGAGCUCUGUCCACAGUGGCCCAAGGCUUACUUCCGCCAGGGAGUGGCUCUUCAGUGCCUGGGACGCUAUGGAGAAGCCCUGGCGGCCUUCAGUUCAGGCCUGGCCCAGGAUCCGUCCAACAAACAACUUCUGGCUGGCCUUGUGGAAGCUAGCAUCAAGUCUCCUCUUAGGAAUGCUCUUGAGCCCACAUUUCAACAGCUCUGUGCCAUGAAACUCGAUCAAUCGCCCUUUGUGGUGAUCUCUGUGGUGGGUCAGGAGCUCCUUCAGGCUGGACAGUACCAUUCUGCGGUGACUGUGUUGGAAGCAGCACUGCAGAUUGGUUCUUGUUCCCUGAAACUGAGAGGAUCUGUGUUCAGUGCUCUGAGUUCGGCUCACUGGGCACUCAAUCAGUUGGAUAAGGCCAUCAGCUACAUGCAGCAGGAUUUGGCUGUGGCUAAGAGUUUGGGGGAUACUCAGGGGGAGUGCAGAGUUUAUGGGAAUCUGGGAAGUGGGAAGUUCAGUCAGGGAUCGUAUAAGGAAGCUCUAACUGCUCAUAGGUAUCAACUUGUCCUGGCCAUGAAGUGCAAGGAUACCCAGGCAGCUGCUGCUGCUCUUACAUCCCUGGGACAUGUGUAUACGGCCAUUUUGGACUAUCCAAAUGCCCUGGCGAGUCACAAACAAUGUGUUCAGUUGGUGAAACAAAUGGGGGAUCGAUUGCAGGAAGCCAGGGAAAUUGGGAAUGUGGGAACUGUGUAUCUAGCCAUGGGUGAAUUUGAUUCAGCUGUUGAUUGUCACAUGCAGCAUCUGAGGUUGGCCAGGAAGCUCAAUAAUCAGAUUGAGGUGGCCAGAGCUUAUAGCAAUCUGGGCAAUAGUCAUCACUAUCGCAGGAGUUUUGCUCAGGCCAUUCAGUUUCAUGAGCAAGUCCUGCGGAUUGCUCAGCAAUUGGGAGAUCGUGCAAUUGAAGCGAGGGCUUAUGCGGGUCUUGGGCAUGCCUGUCGCUGUGCUGGGAUGUAUAGUCAGGCCAAGAGGUGGCAUGAGAAGCAGCUUGAGAUGGCUCUUGCUGCGAGAGAUAAAUUUGCCGAGGGGAGGGCAUUGUCCAAUUUGGGGAUUGUCUAUCAGUUAACCAGGCGACAUGAUGCUGCUCUGAAGCUGCAUCAGGCUCAUCUGGCGAUAGCCAGGCAAUUGCAGGAUCGUGCCAGUAUGGGCAGGGCUUUUGGGAAUCUGGGAAAUGCGUAUUUCAGUGCAGGACUCUACGAGGCAGCGAUAAAGUGUCACAAGCAGGAAUUGACAAUAAGCAAGGAGGUUCACGAUCGAAGUGCUGAAGGAUGUACCCAUGGGAAUUUGGCGGUAGCCUAUCAAGCUCUGGGAUCACAUGAUAUGGCUCUGAUGCACUAUCGGGCUCACUUGGAUAUUGCGUCAGAACAGAAGGAUACUGCAAGUCUCAGUCAGGCUUAUCUAAAUCUUGGGAAUUUCUGGAGUUUGAGGCAGGAAUUUGCUCAAGCUAUCCCUUACUACGAGCACUAUUUGAUGCUAUCGCAGGAAUUGGGGGACGUGGCAGCUGAGGGCAAGGCUUGUCACUUUCUAGGCUACGCUCACUACUGCAUUGGGAAUUACAGGGAAGCGGUUCGGUACUAUGAUCAAGAUCUUGCCCUGGCGAAGGAUAUGCAGGAUAAAAUGAACAUGGGCAGAGCCUACUGCAACCUCGGGUUGGCCAAUUUGGCUCUGGAUUGGAAAGCUGCAGCACUGGAGUGUCAGAAGUACUUCCUGGCCAUUUCGCACAUGAUGAAUCAUCUUCCGGGGAAAUUUCGAGCCCUGGGGAAUAUUGGGGAUGUUCUGAUUCGGAUGGGAGAUCUCGAGGAGGCUGGGAAGAUGUAUCAGAGACAGUUGGGUUUGGCCCGGCAGGCGAGGGAACGUUCCAUGGAGGCUGCAGCCUGUGGAGCACUUGGGCUCUGCAAUCGCCUUCUGAAGCGUUUUGAUAAGGCUCUUGGGUAUCAUACGCAGGAAUUGACCCUGAGGCAGGAAAUGGGAGAUGUUCCGGGGGAAGCAAGAGCCCAUUGUCACCUAGGAGCGGUUCAUAUGGCUCUGGGGAAUUAUACGCAUGCAGUAAAGUGCUAUCAGGAACAGCUUGAGAGAGCUCAGGAAUUGCAGGAUCCCGUGAUUGAGGCUCAGGCAUUUGGGAAUUUAGGGAUUGCCAGGCUGAAUAUGACGCACUACGAAGAUGCCAUUAGCUAUUUGGAGCAACAGUUGGCUGCCCUGGAGAGGAUCAGUACGGCUCAGGCUCAGCACGAUAGAGCUCGGGCAUUGGGGCAUUUGGGAGACUGCUAUGAUGCCCUUGGGGAUUAUGACAAUGCUAUUAAAUGCCAUGAGCGUCAUUUGCAACUGGCCAUUGCAAUGCAGAGCUUUAGGGAUCAGGAUCUGGCGUACAGGGGCCUAGGGCAUUCACACAGAGCCCUGGGAAAUCUCCAGGAAGCUCUGGUGUGCCUGGAGAAGAGAUUGGUGGUUGCCCACGAACUGGGCAGUUUGGAAGCCAAGGGAGCUGCUUAUUUGGACUUGGGGAAUAUUCACAGUGCCCUGGGGAAUCAUGAGCAGGCCCUAAAUUGCCUGGAACAUCAGCGGGAUAUUGCCCAGGAACUGGGAGAUCGUGUAGCUCUGUCAGAUGCCACGAGUGGUCUCGGUGGGGUAUUCUUCCAAAUGGGUGACCAUGAGAGUGCCCUGAGACUCCAUAAAAUGGACCUGGAAAUCUGUGAAGCCCUCCAGGUGAUGACUCUCCAAGCUCGAGCAUAUGGGAAUCUCGCCAGUGUCUACGAGAGCAUGGGAAAGUACUCAGAAGCCGUAAGGCAUCUGGAGAAACAACUCUCCCUGGCCUCUGACAGAUUAGUCAAGGCAUCAGUUUGCAUGUCUCUGGGCAGAGUCCUGCAUUCGAUGAGUCAAACAGCCCAAGCGAUAAAUUUCCUACGACAGGGAUUGGCAAUAGCACAGAGUUUGAGUAAAUCCGAGGAAGAAGCAAAGAUUAGGCAUCAAUUGGGAAUUGCCUUGAGGACAUCUGGGGACAAUGACAAUGCCAGGGGGCAGUUGGAGAGUGCAGCACAGAUUUUGGAGGCAGUGAGAUCCGAACAGAGAUCUCCGGAAGCGAGAAAUUUGCUUUUUGAUCUGCAAACAAGUUGCUACCAUACGCUCCAGCAGAUUCUGGUGACUCUGGGCCGGACGGAGGAGGCUCUGGUGGCAGCAGAGAGAUGCCGGGCAAGAACAACGCCAGAUUCCACAGCUCCGCCAUUCCCAGGGAAAAAGAGUGCAAAUAUGACGUGCAGUGAAAAUAUCUUUGACACAGUCAACCGGAGCAAAUGCAGCGUGAUGUACUUCAGCUUGGCGGGAGAUGAACUCUUCACGUGGUUCCUGCAGCCACAGAAGCGCAUUGUCCGGUUCAAUAGUGCCAAAAUCAAUGAGACAACUCUCCAAUUCAGUGGGACGCAGCAGAAACCCGGAAAGGAUUCUGCAACGCUCCUGGAGCAGUACAUUUACAUGGUGAGGGAGAGUCUGGGAGUGAAUGCGGUGAAUCAGGAUGCAGAUGGCUGGAGAUCUUCGGAGAAUCUCCUCGAUGACUUUGCCAGUGAGAGAGCAGGAUUCCUCCGGAUGGUCAAUAGGAAUCAUCUACUGAACUCCAGUAACUAUUCCCUGAGUUCCCUCUUCAGUCUGGGCAGUGUUGGAGGAUCUGUAGCAAGUCUCCAAGGAUCAACAAGAUCCAUCGGAAGCCUCUCAAGGCGAGUUCCCAUCAUGCCAACAUGGCAGGGACCAGCAUGCCUUCAUUCCCUCUACAAACUCCUCCUGGCACCUUUUGAGGAUCUCCUUCCGGACAGUGCCACGACGGCUCGAGUCGGAAGGCGAGAUUUGGUCCUAGUGCUCGAAAAUGAGCUGUAUCUCGUGCCAUUUGCCGUCCUGAGAAGUGGACAGGAAGAUGGGGAAUACCUCUCAGAGCGUUGCUCCCUCAUUACCGUGCCAUCGCUGACGACGCUGCGUCAAAAAAGUCGCUCCCGGAAUCGUGAAGCUGCUGAGAAUCUCAAUAGUGCUUUAGUUGUCGGAGGUCCAAGAAUUCCCACGUCACUCUCCGAAACCUGGGGCUGGUCUGAAUCCCCAUCGUCCCUCCAGGAAGCCGCCAUGGUGGCAGAUAUGCUCCAUGCCAAGGCUCUAUGUGCCUCCAGUGCCACGAAGGAGGCCGUUAUUGCCGAAUUGCCAGGUGCAGAAUGUGUCCACUUUGCAGCAAAUGUCAGCUGGAAGUUAGGAGCUGUUGUCCUAAGUCCAGGAGAUGUCAUAGACUCACAGAAGAGAUUCUAUCCAGCCACAGGGCCUGAGAUGGAAAAUGACGAAGAGAUUAGUGAUUUAUCCACGUCCAACAUGGAAAUUCCUCCUCUGUCAGACUUUAUUCUAAGCGCUGCAGAUCUCCUGACCAUGAAGCUCAAAGCCAAACUGGUAGUUCUCAGCUCGUAUCACUCAAUUGAACCAAUCAGUGGAUCAGGAGUUGCAAAUCUGGCCAGUGCUUGGCUUCUAGCCGGAGCCGGAGCAGUUCUCGUAUCUCUCUGGCCAGUACCAGAAACAGCAGCCAAGAUCCUCCUCAGAGCUUUCUACUCGGCCCUUCUGCAGGGAGCAUCAGCAGCUAGUGCCCUGGCAGAAGCCAUCUCAACGGUCCAGAACACCAAACACUUUGCCCAUCCGGCAAAUUGGGCAGGAUUCCUCCUGAUUGGAGCCAAUGUGAGACUGUCAAAUAAAGUAGCCCUGAUUGGGCAGGCUCUCUGUGAACUGGUCAAGACGCCAGAUAAAUGUCGAGAUGCCCUCAGGGUUUGCCUGCAUCUGGUCGAGAAGAGCCUGCAGAGAAUUCAUCGUGGGCAGAAGAAUGCCAUGUACACUACCCAAAAGAGUAUAGAUAACAAAGCCGGAGCUGUCAGUGGCUGGAAGGAUCUCCUGAUGGCUGUAGGCUUCAGAUUUGAACCCUCAGCCAAUGGAAUUCCUUCCAGUGUCUUCUUCCCGCAAUCCGAUCCCGAAGAUCGGUUGUCACAGUGCUCAGCCAGUCUUCAGGCUCUCCUAGCCCUCUCUCCCACCACCCUCCAUGCCCUGUCCAAAGUGGUCAACAGCUCAGAGAUUGCUGAUGACAUCAUUGCUGUCCUGAGGAAUGUCGUAGGACAAUUUCCGUCCAAAGGAAGCGGAGAACUCGAGACUCAAGUGGAAAUCCCUCUCAGUGUUCGUCUCUGGAGGGUUUCCGGAUGCCAUGAAUUGCUGGCAUCACUGGGAUUUGAUCUCAUGGAAGUGGGACAGGAUCAGGUGACUCUGAGAACGGGGAAAACAGCCAACCGUCGCAAUUGCCAGUUCGUGCUGCAAGCGCUUCUUGCUCUCUUUGAUACCCAAGAAGCUCCUAAGAGUCUCGGACUGGAAUCCAGUACGGAGUCCCUGAACGAAGAUGGCCGUUCUGAAGUAGCAGAUGAAGCUUCAAUGAGUCCCGACAAUGCACCAGCGCCCAAAAGAAGUGGCUCUCCAAUUCCCAAUCUCGUGAAAUCCCAUUUAACACUGUCCCGUCCUCCUUUGCCAAUUCGCCGAGUGCCCUUCUUGAGCACCGGCAGUGCAUUUAUUUCCUACGUAAGACGCCGUGGGGAGCCAGAUGGUGGAAGAACAGAUUCUUCCGAUGUGCCAUCUGCUUCUUCCUCAUCCCAAGUCCAUUCAGCCAGUACGAUGGAUUCGAGUCUGGCCAAUACGACGGACAGUGAACUGUCUUCGGAUGGUUAUGUGGCACAGACGCUGCCUAAGAAGAUUUUCGGUGGGUACUCUGCCCUGCAUCAUGCAUCGGAUUCCAGUGCUACGGCUGAGAGCAAUGUGUCUCAGGCUCUGGCACAUCAGACUAGGAUUAGGAGUUUGUAUUCUGGGCCAGUGGGGGCUGAUGGGGGUGCAUUGUUGGCGGGGAGGCCGGAUAGUUCGAGUAGUGCAAGUAGUACGACAGAUUGGGAGGGUUCUGGUCAUGCUACGGUUCUGCGGAGGGUGAAUCAGCAGAAUCAGACACUUCCGCCAUUGCCGCCACCGCGGCAGCAGCUGCCUCUAGUCGAUCUGGCGCCCCUGGCUCCGGUUUAUAACAAUUUGAAUCCCGUGGGAGGGUUGGAGGGACCGGCAGCUGGAUUGGAUUCCACGAGUUCGGAUUCGGAAUUUGAGAGGGGAGCUUUUGAGUUGGCAGCUGGGCCAUUUGGGGCACGGUCGAGGGGAAAGCUGAAAAUGCCACUGUCCAGGAAGAUUUCUGAGACAAUAGGGUUUAUGGAUAGGUUGAGUGUGAGGACGGAAGUUUCCCAGGGGCAGGGAGGAGCUGUCGGGGGGAGCGCAGGAGCUGCAGCGGCGGGAACGUCGGGUAGGAAGAUGAAUCUGUCGGAUGAGGCAGCUCUGAGUCUGCACAAUGCAGGUUUGUACUUUGCAGCUGAGCCGGAUGACAAGGGAGUGAGUGGGGCGAGUGGAAGUUCAGGAAAGGAAGGACUAAAGACAGGCUAUCAGCCGGCAAAGAGUAUGCAGGAAUCCCUGCUGAGGCAUAUGAAUAGGGAAAUGACACCGACGAUCAGUGAGGUCUAUCAUGAGAGGAAUUUGGGCUUGGGAUUGGCACCGCCACUGUCAAAGCUCCUGCUUAGCAAGAGUUACAGCCUGGAUGAAGCUGAGCCAAGCAAGGCUUCCUCCUCAUCGUCAAAGACGUCCACGCUGGUUGAUGCAGUCAGUGAGAUUGAUCUGAGUGCAGCAGCCAGUGUGGCAACAAUUCCAGGCCCUUCUUCCGGGACUGUGGGGCCAGCUGGCGUCGGGGCAGUUUGUUCUGUCUGCAAUGCUCCGGCAGAGCUCAUGUGCACAUGCUCAGAUAGCCCAGUGACGCCCAAAACGCCCAAAACGCCCACUUCUGUGUCAAAAAAGUCAAGCCUAAAACCCUGGCUGAGUGCAGUGAAUACAAACCUAGUAAAAGCUUCGGAUCUCACCACGGCUGACAUCCUCGAGAGGCAAAAGAUCAAAGCUAACAUCCAAGCUGUAACACACGAUGUGUCCACGGCUGGAGUCAAAGACAAAAGAUCCGGAAGCCCUUUUAGCGAACUGUCCCGCCGUGACGAAGGCGACGGACGAUCUGUCAGUGAUUCCCAAUGUUCCGGAAGCUUCAAGAAUGACCACAAAGCUGCCCAGCAGCAGCAACAGCAAAGAACAAAGUUCAGCCUUGAGACUCUCUAAAAGACCCCAUCUCCCUCAUUCCACAUUUUUCGGUCAAAUGAAAAUGUUCUCUGUCUCUUUAUUAAUUUCUUAAUAAUUAUGUAUAAUUUGUAUUUAUCUCCUUAUCAAUUAAAUUAAUCUACUUAAUGUGUAAUUAAUUCACGAGGUCGUUUAUCAUUUUUUUUUUGCAUCAUUCCAUCUCUUAAAUAGCUUUUCUCCAUUUUUUGUGUUUUACUUUUAUAUAUAAUUUCAAUAGUGUUUUUUUUUAUACUUGUGUAUCAUUCAUUUGUCAUCAAUUAUUCCAUAGUUUAGCAAUAAAUUAUGUCGAUUAUUCA